CGCGGGUAACCGGACACCUUCCUUCCAUGGUACCGCUUGGAAAUCUACUAACCAAGUCAGUUUUCACUGUCCAACUUGGACUUAUAGCUCAGCGACGUCACCUUGCCGGCGUGUUUUCAGUAAACAACGAUUCUUGCCAAGUUGGCGAACCUUCGGAAGGUCGGCUGAUGCUGAAUCACCGAAGUUGCGUUACGAGAGGCCAAAGACGCCUUCUACUUGACGAGAAUAUAAAACUUGCGUCCACGCAGUGCGUUACUAUCAGUUCCAAGAAUUCCUCCAAGAACCACUAGGAUGAUGAAGUACCUGGCAUCGCUGUUGGUCCUCGGACUGUUUGUGGUGUUUACAGCCAGUCUGGCCGAAAGUAACCUGCGGGAAUCGCUCGUAAGGGAGCUCAACUCCACCAUCGGAGGUAAUGAUCUGCAGAAGAACGUGUCCUGCCUGGUGUUGUGCGACUACUGUGGCUGCGACGGAAGCUUCGCCGGGGACGAGUGCAUCUGCGACUGCAUCAACGACGGAGAUAAACAUAUCAAAUGCCUCGAGGAGCUGAAAAACACCGAAAAACAGUACGAGUUCGAGGAGUUGCAAGAAUCGGUGGAGCAGUUGCUGGCCGGUGCGGUGAGGGUUCGGCGGGAUAUCUCCAACGGUGAUCUGCUGGACGGGGACUCGUCAAUGCUCGACAGAGGGACGGCCUCGAAGGCUUCGCGGAAAAACAAGCGCAAGAAGUUCAACCGAAGGCAGCGUGGACGGCGCUUCCUGCAGCGGAACGGAAGCAACUGAG